GACUAUUGAGAGGACACACAAGCCGACGUGGCCACCUGAAGAGCCCUUCCUGAUCUUGUUUGAAGAUCUCUGGAACACAUCAAGCUGAACUAAACCCCCGCUUCCAGCCCGGAUAAAGAGCUUGGCGCUGCUCAUUUGACGUGACUUAAACUUUGUGAAGUUCGACAGACGACAUCAAAAAUACACAUCCAGAGGGGGCUCGGUUGUGGCAUUAAUCAACAAGGAGGCUUUUUGAUUUCUUCAUGAUGACGUGGCGCAGCGAUGGACGCUGGAUGCCGGCGGCCCAGUUGACCUGCCGAAGCGUCCCGUAGGAUUCUAUUUCUGGACCCUCAUUGCUUUUACAGAUUAACCGCCCUCCAAUAUGGCCCCAAUCCGCACAUGGCGCCACGACUUUGAUGCUUGGGCAUAAUCAACACGCACUAUUUAUCGGCGCAGCCAUCUGAAACACAUCAUCAAGCCGUCCAUUUUCCUCCACAUAUUCUGUUCAGUGUUACAGCAAAGCAGGUGUGUAUCCCAGCUGACCUUAGGCAAAAAGCAUAUCAAAACCUGGAUCGGUUGCAGGUCAGUCGCAGAACACUGAGACAGACGACGAACCUGCACCUUGAAAAUCACAAAAGGCUCAUCCAUGAAAUGACGAUCAUUCCUCAGCUGUUAUUUUUUAGAACUUUCAUUCAAACCCAAACGGUAAAGUUUGAUGUGGUACACCUAGACCCUGGAUGGGUCGUUAGUCAGUCGAUCAGUGUUUGUCGAGAUAGAAACAAAACAAAUCUGAGCAUUUAAAUCAAGACUGCUCUCAAGCACUUUUUUUCUGAUCCUUGACGGAAAGGAUUGAUGUAAUAGUUCUAAACCCUGGAGCACACUGAGACAGACAACAAACUCAGACUUUGAAAUUGCAGUCAUUCGUGAUCAGUCCUCAACUCUCAUUAUUCCCUGCCCCCAAAAACAGAAACAGACUGGAAACCUGACCAUUUAAAUCAAGUGUUAUUCUUUUGCAGUCAUUCCCCAACUGUCAUUUCCACACAGAUUUUUUUUCUAACUCUGGCCGUAAAGGAUUCAUAUGAUAAUCCCACACCCUGGAUUGAUAACUACUCAAGCGCAGGGGACAUGGAGAGAGACACCUGGAAAUCACAACAGCCUGUGAGUCUUUUACCUUAGUUAGUGUUCAUUGCACAACUGUUUCCACACCAGAACCUUUUCAGCAAUCUUUGAUGCCAAGGAUAGAUGUGAUAAUCCGACACCCUGGAUUCGUCACCCGUCAAUCGCAAGGCACAGAGACAAACAACUAAACUGAGCAUCUAAAUGAAGACAGUCCAGAGUCUCAUCCAUUAGUUAGGAAUAUUUCUCAACUCUCAAUUCCACUUUGAUCUUUUUUUUCUCCCACGCCAUCACAACACUGUGUGCUGUUAGCUUUGGACUGUUCCACGAUUUCCAAAAAGAGGUUUUCAUUGGUUGUCCAUUAUCAGAAAGGAGACGUGAACUGUAUAAGCAAAUACUUGAAGAUCAGAGGCUUUGGAAUUCUUCAGCCAUAACCUGCACAGGACGACGGAUAGAAAGUGUGUUUUCAUCCUCGGCAGCUGAGCUUUCACCAAGAGAGAAAUCAGCAAAUUGGAUUAAAGAUGGAUUAUCGCUGAAAAACUAGCAGCCGGCAAAGCAUCUAAUCCCAUUGUGCACUCUUCGGGGGGGAGCCACUCCGAUUCUGCAGAUUACAUUUUGGGGCGUGGAUGCCAUUCAAAGCCAGCGAUGGAGAACCGCGAUGAGUUGGAGCACCCUCUCCUGGGAGAAAGCCCACAUCGGCCAUCGGGACCGGCUCCUGGGGGAGUCUUCAAGGGAAUGCUGGUCAAGUGCGAGGAGGACAUGGCCUACCCUCCGUUGGCUUGGAGGGGCUACUGCGGACACCCUCCAGAUGUUCAGCAGCCGCAUCAGCUUCUGGACCCGUGUUCCUUACCCCGCACGUUUGAGUCUUUCUACCCGGCUGCGCCCAUCUGGAGCCACGGCGACUCGCUGCUUAGUAAGGACUACCUGGAGACCACCUUUGUGGACAUCGGUCCAGGAUCCACGCUGGAGCGGAAGCUGUUGGCCGAGGCGCACGGUGACUUCCACAGCGCCUCCUACAGCAUGGACGAGGAAGACGACCUGCUCCCUGAUUCGGACGACUCGUCCAUAGAAGACUUCAGCGAUAGCGACAGCGAGAGCAACUUCCCCCUGAUGAUCCCUCAGGACUACCUGGGCCUCGCCUUCUUCUCCAUGCUCUGCUGCUUCUGGCCCCUGGGCAUCGCCGCCUUCUACCUCUCACAGAAGACCAACAAAGCUUCAGCCGAGGGGGACCUCCAGGGGGCCAACGCGGCGUCCCGCCAGGCCCUGUGGCUUUCCGUGCUCUCCAUCGUGUUUGGGAUCGUUACCUACAUCUGCGCCAUCGCCGCCCUCAUUUCCUACUUGUCUGCCAAGCCACCGUAAAACAUAAAAUAAAAUAACAAUUGAUUAAAAAAAAAAGCUGUGAAUGCUCUCCUGGAGCUAAGAAAACAAACAAACAAAAAAGAUCUUGUGCACAUGCUGUCGACAGAUACUUGUAAAAUAAUCACAUUUUAGCGCAUCGGCUCCGUAUACCUUCAAUCAUAGUCUAUUGGCCUUUCGCUAAAACCCAUUUGUCUGGUACACGCAUGAAUUGUUUGACAUUUUAAGGGAUAUUUUUUCUGUUACAGACCCAAACAUUAAGAUUAAAAAAUAAAUAAAAUUAAAAAUUAAAAAAAUCUGGCAUACAACAGUUUUGACUGUGCGACGUAAGCUCCGGUAAUAUCAACACAGACGUUAAAAUUAUGUUCCACCGCUGAUCGAGAAAGUAGUCUUCAAAGACAGAAAUCUCACAUGAUCGAAUAUGAUAUAACAUAAAGAAAGAAGAAAAAGCUAGCAACAACCGGGAAACACUACUCUAGACUCAUCAUGGAAGAGGACACGAGAGAAUGGAAUGAAGGUGGCUUUGGGCCUUUUUUUAACAACAACAACAACAAAUCCUAUACUACAAAAAACAAAUAAAUGCGGUAAAAAAACAUCUUGGAGGCAGGAGAAAACAGACUUUUUAAUCUACUGAGCCAGCUGCAGUAGAAGCGUUUUCUCUAAUCAAGCUAACGGCUAGUUUUAUUAUCCUUUGUGUUUCGGGUUAGACGUUUGCUUUCACCUCGGUAGCUUUGUGGCUAGCCCUUUAUUUCUAUUAGAAUCCUUCAAACGUUUCAACCAGGCACACAAGCAGUAGCUAGCCACUCACUCACUGUUUACUAUUACACAAUGAUACAAAAAAAGCAAAUCUCUGUUCUGCAUUGCGAUUCGCCAAUAUGCUUUUAGGAGGAUGUGGCUUCACGCAAGAUAAUUUCUAAGCUAUUCAUUUAUUUAUUGGAAGUGGAAAUAUUCUUGAUUUACAACCUGCAGCUCCCUGCCGCCCCCUGGACUCUCAUUAGCUGUACCGAAGUUAGUCGUGAAACACACUGUAGAUAUCAUCCUCAUGGUAAGAACAGAGCGCAAAAUAGAGAAGUGGAUUCUAAUGGACCUCAUCCUGGGGUGGUGAUGUUCUGAAACCACACCACAACUCAAAUCUUUAAAAAAAACAAAAAAAGAAAAGAUAAGCAAUGAGGAAAAAAUGAAUCCCCCCCAGACAUGAUGUUGCCAAAAUGUAAUUAUUUGCUUCUUACAAAUGCUAACUUGUGACCACAAAAUGGGCAUAACGUGCACACAAAAUACGAAUUAACUAAAAAAAAACUUGCACAUCGGGAUAAUCAACUGGAACACACCUUUUCUACCUUAUUGUCCGGAAUGACUUCUUAACGCUUGCAUCGCAAAGCAACACUGCAUUCAUUUGUAUUUUGUAGUCUCAUUAUUUCUACUUUCUGACCAAGAUUUAGUAUUUUGUGCACAUGUUUUACUUUGUUGCCAUAAAUUAGUAUUUUUGCACAUUAUACAGUAUCUAUAGUGUGGCUAAGAUAGUUUUAGGGGGGUUUGCCCAUGGGACUAAACAGGAACACUGUUGGGUGGAAGGAGAGGAACACGGAACACUUUUAAAAGAAAAGUGUAAUUCAGGAAAAAAAAAUCACAAAUAGUUUGACUUGUUUGGUGAAUAGUUUUCUCCUGAUAGGCCAUAUUUCACAUACACAAGCUAGCAUCUUGUGCGUUUGAGUUAACUACUUAUGUACAGCGCUUUCACCUGUUUUGAAUUUGCAAGUCACAAAUUGCUCUUAUGACGUCCUGAGGUGUCGCAAAGUGAUGGCGAGUAGGAAAGUAGUAUUGCGAACCCCCACCAUUCGCAAAUUCACCUAUGCAUGUUUUUUACCCCAUGGGAUCUAACCUGCUCUCUUUCUGGAACACAGUACAUUGCCACAAGAUGCGGCCAAAGCACUUGGCUCAGAGGAAAGCAGUGUUUUUUAGUGGAGGAUCACUGGAUCCAAAUUUUUAUGGAGACAAAGGUAUUCAGAAACAUCUUAUAUUCACAAUACAUAAAGCAUAUGUGCUUAUAAUUGGCCGUGUUUAUUGUUUACAUUUGACUGCGAUGUCUUUGAGGUAUUGCGCAGACAACUGGGAUACAUCCGAUUUGAUCCAGACUACAAUGAGUGCACACACAGCACAGAAAUCUCUGUGUGAAAUCAAUAUUCAAUCAUUGGCAAUACCUCGCCUUUUUCAAAGGCACACACCACACCCAUCUGGGGUCUUCCGCCGGGACUGCGAUUUGGUCAAUUUGCAGGACCUCAGUGUGAAACAGGCUUUGGUCUCAGGUCUUCAUCUAAAACGAGCACACGGGCACAGACAAGUUACAAUCAUGCAGUUUAACAUAUUUCACUUUUGCACAAGAUGCUAACUCGUGUGCUCAUGUUGAAAAAUGUCAUCACCCAUCAGGACCGAGUGUAUUGAAUUUUAAUAUUUCCAAUGUGCAGUGUGAAACAAGAUAGCUGGAGCAUGUGGGAUGGACGCAAGUGCCAAAAGAGAUGGGAGUUAUGUUUGUUAUAUUUAGUCCAUUACGUUUGCAACAACAACAAAAAAGAGUGCUCAACUUAUUACAUUUGAAGUUCCAGAGAGACAAAAAGAUGUCCAGCAUGAGUCCUUCACCUGACUUGGCUUGAGCUUCAGCGUGCCAUUAAUGUAAGCCAGUGACUAUUUUAAGGGAAAAGUCCACAUUUUCUAUGUAGAUGUAGUUUUUAUAUCAUAGAGUGCACCGAUGAUUACUAUAACCGUGCGUGAACAGUACACAAAGAUGAGUUGUGAUACCUCGUCAGCUUCCAGCCUCCCGACAAUCCUCCUCCACCAUCAUCUGAGCCCGAGCAGCUUCGACUGGACUGCUCACUUCUUCUCUCAUGACAUGUGGACUUCCUCUCUUCUCACAUUCUUCUUUUAAAUGUAAACAAAACAAAGUGGAAGAAAAAAGUCAAUCCCAAUAAAUAAAAAUGCACUUCUUUGGAA